AUGGAGUUGGGUCGCCAAAACAUUCCCUCAUCUGCAAUCUUGUCCUUCUUUCUAUUCUUGUUCAUGGUGUUAAGCAUAGUUUGGAGAUCAAAAACCAAGCCUUCAAAAUCCAAGUUGCCACCAGGACCCCCAAAAUUGCCUCUUAUAGGAAACAUGCACCAGAUUGGUGCAAUGCCACAUCAAGGCCUAGCUAAAUUAGCACAGAAAUAUGGCCCUCUAAUGCACAUGAAAGUUGGUGGACUUUUCAUCAUAGUGGUGUCUUCCGCUGAAAUUGCCAAAGAAGUAAUGAAGACACAUUACACCACCUUUGCAAAUAGGCCUCAUCUUCUUGCUGCAGAUGUUAUAACUUAUGGUUCUAAGGGCAUGAGCUUUUCCCCUUACGGAAGUUAUUGGAGGAAAAUGAGAAAGAUUUGCAUGUUUGAGCUACUAACUCCAAAGCGUGUUGAAUCAUUUCAAUCAAUUAGGGAAGAGGAGGCAUCAAAUCUUAUCAAACAGAUUUGUUUGAGUGAAGGGUCAUCUAUCAAUCUCAGUGAGAUGAUCAUUUCAUUAUCCUAUGGCUUAACAUCACGAAUAGUGUUAGGAGGCAAGUCUGAAGAUCAAGAAGCAUUCAUAGCUGUUAUGAAGGAUGUCUCAAAAGUAGUUGCUGGUUUCUCCAUUGCUGACUUGUACCCUUCCAUUCAAAUGCUGCAAGGUUUGACAGGAAUAAGGUCCAAAGCUGAGAGGCUUCAUCAAGAAAUAGAUAGGAUCCUUGAGAAAAUUGUCAGAGAUCACAGGGACACAAGUUCAGAAACAAAGGCAAUUAAUGUAAAAGCAGGUGAAGAUCUAGUUGAUGUCCUGUUAAGGCUUCAGAGGCAGAACAACCUUGAGCAAUCUCUAUCUGACAGUGAUAUCAAAGCAACCGUUUUGGAUAUGUUUGGUGCUGGAAGCGUUACUUCAGCAAAAACCAUAGAGUGGGCAAUGUCUGAACUUGUCAAAAACCCAAGGGUGAUGGAAAGAGCACAAGCUGAAAUAAGAAGGGUCUUUGAUGGGGAAGGGCAUGUAGAUGAAGCUAAACUCCAUGAACUUAAAUACUUAAAGUCAGUCAUCAAAGAAACCUUGCGUCUACAUAUUCCUGUUCCAUUACUACCAAGGGAAUGCAGUGAGAGAUGUGAAAUCAAUGGUUAUGAGAUACCAGCUAAGAGUAAGGUCAUUGUUAAUGCUUGGGCAAUUGCUAGGGAUCCAAGCUAUUGGAUUGAAGCUGAGAAGUUCUAUCCAGAAAGGUUCCUUGAUAGCUCAGUUGAUUACAAAGGUGCAGAUCUUCAAUUUAUUCCAUUUGGUGCUGGAAGGAGGAUUUGUCCUGGCAUUACAUUUGGUAUUGCUAAUGUUGAACUCUUGCUAGCAAAUUUGCUUUUCCAUUUUGAUUGGAAGAUUCCUAAUGGGAAUAAGCCUGAAGAACUUGACAUGACUGAGUCUUUUGGCUUGUCCGUGAUUAGAAAACAUGACCUGUACUUGAUUCCUAUUGUGUAUCACUCAUCUGCUACAUUUUGGGUAAACCUGAAAUCAUCCUGCAGGCUGAGCCGCCAACAAUAUUGUGCAGAUGGUUAA